AUGAUUCGUAUUCCUAAUCAUAUGGUCAUACCUUGGAAAAAUGAAAAGUCUUUACAAGCUCUUAUCGAAUAUAUUUAUCCAAAUUUAACUGAACAUCACCUAGAUAUUUCUUAUUUUACUGAGCGUGCUAUUCUUGCAACAAAGAAUGAAUAUAUUGACCAUAUUAAUGAUAUGAUCUUAGACCAAACACCUGGUGAUAUUAUAACAUACAAAAGUUAUGAUUCUGUUCCUGACGAUACACGUGGACUUUACCAGCAAGAAUUUCUUAAUUCAAUAACGCCAAAUGGUCUUCCCCCUUAUGAACUAUGCCUAAAA